ACCAAGGGCUCACGUACUCUCCACGAACAUGUUCGUGCAAACACUGGGUUAGGUUGUGCAUCGUUUGCCGCUCCGCCAGGCGGUUGCGGCAGUGCUGAUGGCAGAAGUGUAGACGUAAAUGAGCUUGAGGCGGCUUCCCGGCCUUGCUCCCAAGCAAAACAACUUUCCUGGCCUCGCUGAAAAGCCAUGGUCCCGAACUCGUUGGACUCGGGAGCAGCUUCGUGGAUGCUGGCCGCAUCUCACUCUCCAGCAGGUGGAGCUGCUGAAGGAGGUGUUCCAGCUCUUUGACACGGAGGAUAAGGGCUACUUCACCAAAGAUGACCUGUUCUUCGUCAUGGAGGCCAUGGGCGGCAGCCCCACGCCGCAGGAGCUGGACGCGGUCAUGUUUGAGCUGGACAGCAACGGCGACGCGGUGGUGGACUUUCCGGAGUUCCUCACCAAGUUCUUCACCGCCAUGGACGAGGAGGAGCUGCUGCGCGUGUUCAAGCAGCUCUUCGUGCUGGAGGACAGCGACAACAACGAGCGCGCGCUGACGCUGUCGGCCAUUGAGCGCAGCUUCCAGUAUGUGGGCGAGCCGCUGUCGGACGAGGACAAGGCCUACCUCAAGAUUAUCUUUGAGGGCGCCGACCGCGACGGCAACGGCCGCCUGGACAUCAAGGAGUUCACAGCCUACCUCGAAAAGCUGGACGACGAGAUUUUCACGGGUCUCAACGCAGCCAACCAGCAGGCCGCGGCGGCGGCACAGGCAGCUGCAGCCGCAGCCCAGGCCGUGAAUGCCCAGGCCACCAUGCUCGGCGCCGGCAGCGGCGCGCUGGCGGGCUUCGGCAGCGGGCCGGUCAGCGGCGGCGGCGGACUGGGGUCGGGGCUGGCGGGCGCGGGCAGUGGCGUGUCGGGGCAGCUGACAGCCAUCAUGAAUGCGGCGGCGUCGGCGAACGCGUCGGUUGACGGCGCCAACGGUGCGGGGGCGUCCGGCAGGAACGGCAAGCAGCGCAGCGGGCGGGGGCUGUGGCGCUCCGCGGCGGCGGGCUUGGGCCUGGCCGUCGGUGGUGGAGGUGGCGGGGGCGCGGAGGGCGCCGGCGCUGGCCCGGAGCGGACGCGGUCGGAGGGCUGCGGCACGGAGGGGCAGGAGGGUGCCGGUGGCGCGGUGGUGGUGCUGGCGGGGGCGGAGGGCGCUGCUGCCGCUGCGGGGGCCACGGAGGAGGGCGACCUCAGCGGGCCGCCCAGCCAGAGCGGCAGCCUGCGCUCCGCGUUCAUGUCCAAGUUCGGGCUGGGCGCGCCAGGCAGCAAGCAGCGCCGGGCUAGCGCCAGCAGCGGCAACCUGGCGGCGAUGGCGGGGCCUGCCACCGGCGACGGUGGCGCCGGGACCCCCGUGAUGCUGGGCGCCGGGGGCGGGUCGAUAGGGAGCACCGCCGGGCGUGUGAUUGGGGGCUUGCUCGGCGGCAGUAGCCGUUGGCGGCCGGGCAGUAGCGGCAGCGGGAAGGUGCAGGUGUCGCCGCUACGGGGAGGCCGCGCCAGCAGCGGUGGCCUGGCCGGGGCAGCGGGGGCAGGAGGCGGCGGCGGCUUUGCCAGCAGCGUGUCUGCCAGCAGCGCCAGUGGCCAGGUGCUGGCGGUGCCGCCUGGGCUCCAUGCUACGGGCAGUGCCAGCGGCAGCGGGCAGGGCACGCCGGGGCAUGGCACUUCCAAUGACGGCACGGGCGCCGCCGUUGCGUCGGCACGGCUGUCUGCUGCCGCCAUGAUCGCUGCCGCUGCGGCGGCGGCAGCCGCCGCGAGCGCUGCACCGGCACGGGCCGGCGGCGGCGGAAGCAACGACGGCACGGGCACGGCUGGUGCGGGCGGGCUUGCGUUCAGCAGUCGUGAGGGCAGCCUCAUAGCGGCGCAGAGCAGGCAGAGCGCCUUUCUCGCGGCUCCGCCGCUGGUGGCGGCGCUGGGCGUUGGUUCGGCUGCAUCCUAUGCCAGCCCUGUGCCGUCGCCAUCGCGACCGGGCUCGGCGGCGGCGCUGGCAGGCAUGCUACUGGCUGGGUCUGAAGACGCGCCGCCGCAGCAGCUGUCGUCUCAGGUGUCGCCAUUGGGGUCCCUAACCGGCAUACCGCAGUUUGGCAGCGACCCGCAGCAGCAGCCGCAGCAGGGCCCGCAGCAGGGCCCGCAACAGCAGUGGACGGGCAUGCUUGGCCGCCUGGGCUUUGGGCAGGGUACGUCGUCGCGGCUCCGGACGGCCAUGGACGCGCGGCGCCAGGCCAGCGUCAUCCAGGAGGCGCCGGAGGAGCUGGAGGCGGACUCGGGGCACCCCGCCCUCGGCUCGGUGUCGGGGCCGGGAGCAGCAGCUGUUUCGGCGGCGGCGGCUGCCGCCACCGCGGCCGCGGCGGCAGCAGGCGCAGCGGCGCAAGGGGCCCCGCAGCGGCAGGCCACGAGCGGGAUAUCCACGGAGACGGAGGAGCGUGUGUCGGGCAGCGGCGCGCCGCCUCGCUCUUCCGAUCCCACCCACGGCAAGACCGUCAGCGCGGGCGGGGCAUCUGCAUGGCAGCCGUCUACUGUGCCUGCUGGGGGCGGGGGCACGGGCUACACACGCGUCGGCUCGCUCCCCGACCGCAUGGCUUCAGCGGGGGCUGCGGCUGCAGCUGCUCUUCGUGGGGCCGGUGGGGGCAGCCGUCACGCGAGCACAGGCAGCGGCGGGGCCACCGGGACCGCUGCCAGCGGGCGCAGCACGAGCUUCCUGCCGUUCCGGAGUGGGUCAGGUGGCGAGGCGAGGCGGGGCGGCUCGCGCUUUAGUGGCCUGAUGGCAGCUGUGUUUGGGCGGCAGCGCAGCCUUGGGCACGGGUCGGGAGGGGGCAGCUCGCCCACACCGGCCGGCUCGGGCUCGGCGGCGCAGUCGGCCUCUGCAUCGGCCGUGCCCAGCCCGGUGCGGCCACGUACCGUCGGCAUCUUGCCAGAAAGCCAGGCAGUGGUGACGGCUGCAGCGGGAAGCAGGGCCGCGAGCAUUGGCGGGGCGUCGGCAACGGCGGUUCUUAUUACGGCAGCAGCGGCAGCGGUGGCAGGCGGUAGCAGCGCAGGCGCCGGAGCGUCAGCGGCGGCGUACGUGCCGCACCCACCGCCAUCACGCACCAGCACCGCCAUAGCGCGGGCUCCCGGGGGUGUUCUCGGCAGGAGCGCAUCUGGGAGCGGCUCGCCGGCACCUGCGCCGUCGCAAGCACAGCUGCCUGCGCCGUCAUCGCCGCGGGCUGCUGCGGCCACCGGUGGCGCUGGAGGUGGUGCGGGCGUGCAGCUGCCUCCGCCGCCCCCAGCGGCACGGCCGACGGUGUUGUCUCGAAGCGCGUCUGGCGCGGGUGGCGGCGGCAGGGCCGUAGCGGAGGCGGCAGAGGGGUCUGCCCCCGCCACGUGGAGCUCAGCCGCCAAUGCGUGGUCCGCACUGGGCUGGCUCCGGCCUGGCAGCGGGAGCGCCACCACUAGCAGCAGCAGCAACGGCGGCAGCGGUGCAGGCAGUGCAGGGGGCAGCAUCAAAGCGUCGGUGGCGGCGGUUUCGGCGCCUGCAGCGGCCUGGGUGGUGCCCGCGGUGUCCAGCCCGCGCGCUGAGCCGCCGCCGGCGUACCCGCCGCGCCUGCAUUUGCAUGCGGUAGCGCCUGAGUCAGUGCAGCCCUCAGGGGGGUCGCAACACCCGCCGCCGCUGUUACGGGCAUGGUCAGCAGGCGGCGCCGGCCAGGUGCUGGGCAUUCCGCCACCGCCGCCGCCGCCAUCGUUACUCCGGGCGCCUGCGGACCAGUGCAGGUCCGGGCCGCCCAAGGCUGCACUAAUGCGCUGCAGCAGUGCGGGUCCCGGCUCCGGCGUCUGCUGCAGCGGCAGUAGCUCACACGGCGGAAAUGCCCACCGUGGGAUUGGGCCCAGUCGCUUCGCUGGAGUAGACGCUGGCGCUGGGGCUGGGGCUGGGACUGGGGCCAGGGUCGGCGCAGCCGUCGCACCAGCGGCAGGGAGGCUGGGACCCGGAGCGGCGGCUACAGAUAUAGAAGUGUUGCCGCACUAGACACGCAGCCAGAUGCAGCAAAUUCCGGGCUACAGGAACGGAGGUUUUACAAGGCGUUGCCCGUGCGGAAAAGGCCGGUAUGUUCAUCUGGGCACCCGUCUGGCCCAAGCUGCACGAGUGGGUCAAGGCCCACCCCUCCAGCACGGUGGACUGGACCGCGGCCGAAAAGCACCUGCGGCGGGAGUUCCCGGACAUCCCCGUCAGUGCCUUCGAGCACGGCGGUGCCGGCAGGACCAAGUAUUCUAAGUGGAAGAGGCUGUACGACCCGUAGGCUAGAGCCAGCAGCCCCUCCUGGAUGGUGUCCAGCAGGCCCUGGGGGGGGCGUGUGUGUGUGUGGGGGGGGGCGUGUGUGUGUGGGGGGGGGGGGGGGGCGUGUGUGGGGGGGGCGUGUAUCAUUGGGCUACAGCCAGCUGCUGGUCCCGCCGCCGCCGCCGCCGCUGCCGCGGGCAGACAAGCCUGUAAUCCCUGAGCUGACGAAGGGCGUGAGCCAGUGGCUAUAAACGACACGGCGCACGGUGCAACGGUGGUGAUUGCCGUGGCCGCAAUCUCUCCGGGCAGCCAGAGUGGCUCCACUCCUAUGCAUGCUGGCAGCGAAGCGCUGCAGCACCAGAGUGCGCCGGGGGGGUGCGUCUGCCGCUUGAUUGAAGCGACGACGGGCGCAGUGCCAAGCGCGGCCGCGACAGUGCGCGAGAUGAGCAACAGCAACAGCAGUAGCAGAAGUAGCAGCGCGAUCAGUAAAUGCAAGCAGGGAGUAGACAGAACUGCAGAGGCCAGCAAAAUGCAUGCUAGGACGCAUGCGCCCGGCGCGACUUGGCAGCAGUUUUGCCGAAGGGCAACGCUGUACUGAAGUGCUUGGCGGUGGGCGAGGGGGUCGGUAGGAUGAUUUUGCUGAGCUAGGCACGCACCAUCAGGGGUAGUGAUGAACUUGUCUGCAAAGGCGCUGUAUUGAGGCUGUUGCACAUUGGCCGCGUCAAAUAUCUUGGAGGCGCAGGGGUUGCUGAUGUCGAAAAAGAU